UCGGCGACAGGGGCUGGACCCGGGCUCUGCGGCGGAUGGCGAGUCGGUGACAGGCGCUCGGCGGCUGGCGGCGAUGGCGACCGCGAUGGCAGCCACGGCGGCGGAGCGGGCGGUGCUGGAGGAGGAGUUCCGCUGGCUGCUGGCCGACGAGGUGCACGCCGUGCUGCGACAGCUUCAGGACAUCCUCAAGGAGGCCUCUCUCCGCUUCACUCUCCCAGGUUCAAGUGCUGAGGGGCCUGCCAAGCAGGAAAACUUCAUCCUGGGCAGCUGUGGCACAGACCAGGUGAAGAGCGUGCUGACCCUCCAAGGGAACGCCCUGAGCCAGGCGGAUGUGAACCUGAAGAUGCCCCGGAACAACCAGCUGCUGCACUUCGCCUUCCGGGAGGACAAGCAGUGGAAGCUGCAGCAGAUCCAGGACGCCAGGAACCACGUGAGCCAAGCCAUUUACCUGCUCACCAACCGGGACCAGAGCUACCAGUUUCAGACCGGGGCAGAGGUCCUCAAGCUGAUGGAUGCCGUGAUGCUGCAACUGACCAGAGCCCGCAACCGCCUCACCACCCCAGCCACCCUCACCCUGCCUGAGCUCGCGGCCAGUGGCCUCACGCGGAUGUUCGCGCCCACCCUACCCUCCGACCUGCUGGUGAAUGUGUACAUCAACCUCAACAAGCUGUGCCUCACCGUGUACCAGCUGCACGUGCUGCAGCCCAACUCCACCAAGAACUUCCGGCCAGCAGGAGGCGCUGUGCUUCACAGCCCCGGGGCCAUGUUUGAGUGGGGUUCACAGCGCCUGGAGGUGAGCCACGUGCACAAGGUGGAGUGCGUCAUCCCCUGGCUCAACGACGCCCUGGUCUUCUUCACCGUCUCCCUGCAGCUCUGCCAGCAGCUCAAGGACAAAAUCUCCGUCUUCUCCAGCUACUGGAGCUACAGGUCUUUCUGAGCAGAGCACCCUGGCAGCUGUCUCCCCCUGCCCCGGAAGUGGCCCCAGCUGUGGGGUCCUCAUCCACACCCCAUGAUCACACCCCCUCAGAGCACGGGCCAGAGCUCUGCCCUGCUUGUUUGCACAGAUGGGAGUGAAUACUAGAACCCCAGGAGGAAGAGGGGAAGGAGGGGUAGGUAGAGUGGGGGUCACAGUGACUCAGGUUCCCAGCCCUGCCCCUCCAGCAGGGAACCUUUGUGCUGGGGUGGGGCCAGGCCCCUCCCUCCUUGGUCACCUGCCUGGCUGGCGUAAACCCCCUCAGCUGGAGGGGUGAGGGUGGCCCUAAACUUUGAGUUGGAUAAGAAACAUGAAGGCAGAUGCCUUUGACCGUGCUUGAAGCCUUCCAGAAAUAAAGAUCACCCCACUUUGCCUGGAGCCAA